AUGAAGCCACGCAAGCGUGCCUUGCAGAAGCAACGGAAUAAUUGGCAACAGUCGCCUGGUAGCAGACAUUCCACGCCAUCUAACAACGUUGCUUUCACCCUCAUCGAUGAGGCUCGACAGACAUCAAGCCAUGAUACCUCAUUCUGGAGCCAAAAUACACAACUUCGAAAGAAACCCGUGGUAUUCGUUAGCUCUGGCUCCCACGAUCCGUUGACAUCGCCGCAAAUCCAAGCAGAGGAAACGGAAGAUUCAAAAACGUCUACCGAAACGCCUGUUGCCGCAACUGAAGAACAACCACAACCAGAUGAUGGCAGCUCUAGCGAUGAAGUAAUCGUUUUUAAAGGCCGAAAUCACAUGAAGCGGAAACCCCAAGCGCCUGAGAUAGCCCCAACAGUUCCUAAGAUUGUUCAGACUCCUGAGGCAACGAAAAUCCCCGAGGAAACGCAGGCUCCUGAGGAAGCACAGGCUGUUGAGGCAGCGCAGGUUGUUGAGGCAGCGCAGGUUGUUGAGGCAGCGCAGGUUGUUGAGGCAGCGCAGGUUGUUGAGGCAGCGCAGGUUGUUGAGGCAACGCAAACUCCUGAGGCAACGCACGCUCCUGAGGCGACCCAGGCUCCUCGAAUAGCCUGUACCCCUGAAUCAACACAUAUUCCUGAGGCAUCCUACAAUCUCGAGGUAACACAGGCUGCGGAAAUUACACUCACGUCCAUACAAACCGAGAUUCGAGCCGUUGAGAGAGAGCUAUCGAGUGAACCUAGAGAACCUCGUACCCAGUACACAGAAGCAAGCAAAAAGGAAGAUAGGGAUAACGAUGGGGAAGAUUCUGAUGAUCUUUUUUGGCCAAAGAAGAAGUCAAAUAAGUCCCGGAGACGACAGAAAUGGGGAGAAGACUCCGAGGAGGACGCCAUACUCGCCGAUUACAUUGCCAAUAUGCGUCAAAAUGGAGAGAUGAUGGGCGAGACAUCUGAAGAAGAUUCGGAUAGCUCAAGCAGUGACGACGCUGGAGACCACCCGUCGGCACCUUCAGGCCUCAAAGUUGAGGAAAAUGUCGAUAUAUAUUCGGAGGCAGACUAUCAGCCUCAGAAGUCACUCUUCGAUGAACCCGUUGACGAUCUAGAUAAGCAUGAAUCACACACCAUCUCUCAUCCAUCGUCACGAGAGAAACUCAGGGGGAAAGCUAUAAUGAAAGGCUCCACAGGCACUUUCAUGCACUCUUUCACUGAGGUUGAGUAUCUUGAGGAACAGGGGGAUUUCGACUUCAUGGACUGGGAACGACCUAGCGUAAGGCGAAAGAAAAGCAAAGCGAGGCGUCUUUUACUAGGCUCAGAUAUUGAUUCGGAUCUGGAAGAGAAACUCCAAGCCGCCUACAGCAAUGAUCGGCAGAGGAAGGCUCAACGUAAGAGGGAGAGGGAAGAGUUGCGAGCGACAGGAAUGCUUGGCAAGAGAAGCCAGCCAGACCUACAAGCAAAGUACCGGACAGGCAUCACCGCGAGCGAGGUUGUCGAUGAAAUAAAAACGUUCCUAGCCGGACCUCAACAAAUGCGCAUUAAAUCUACCGCCGAUGGAUAA